GUUAUAAACAUGUGAAAACAGCUGCUGAUGCAUGCGCUAUCGAUACAUUACUCAUCACUGACACACUAUUUCGUUCACGUAAUCUAACCGAACGUACUAAAUAUGUGGAAUUAGUUGAUCAAGUGAAAGAUAAUCAAGGCAUUGUAAGAAUAUUUUCUAGUCUACAUGUUUCUGGUGAACAACUUAAUCACUUGUCCGGUGUAGCUGCAAUAUUACGCUUUCCCAUACCGGAACCUGUGACAGACGAUGAUGAGUCGGAUAGUUCUGAAGAAGAUGAUAAUUAAUUAAUUUAAAUUAUUUUGAAAAAAAAAAUCGUUCUUCUUAAUCAGAACAAUGUUUUUUUUCUUUCUUAUUUGUCAUUUGUAAUUUUACAACUUGACUUAUUGGCGCUGUUGUUUCCAUUGACAUUUGUUCUGUUCUUUGAACUUGUUGUGAAUAUUCUAUUCUACUUAGGCAAUGGUUUUCUUCGCUCCUGUUGUUGUGUUUUUGGUUUUUCCAUUGUUGUUGUACUACUCAUUAUGAAUUGAUAUGAUAUGAUACAACUUGAUGCAACUAUGACAGUAUCCAUUUGUGCCAAGUUUUUAUGGGGUUCCUUACACACAUUUAUUUGGUUUGUACAAAAUGAAUACUAAACAUUUUCUGUGUUUAUGAUAUGAUAUCUUACUUAGAUUGGAAAAAUUAUUUCAUAUUUUACUAUAUUUUAUGUGGAAACGAUGUCGAUCGCUAGUUAAUAACAUUGACGAGUAACUUCAUAGAAGAAAGUGAGCUUAUGUAAUGUACGUUCUGUUAUGGCGGGCACUUAAAGAAGAUUGACUCUCUUCUAGAACUGUUUUUUU